GAGAGCACAUAAUUCAUGGAGUCAAAAAUUGGUCCUCUCACCCACCAAUUCAUCGUUUUGCUCGUCGACUCUGCAGCAAUGGCUUCUUUCCUGCGAAUCCUCUCAGUCUUCCUUCUCGUUUCUUCUGCUCUCACCAGCUCGUUCUCUGCGCCCACCCACUCCAAUCUCAACAGUCUUGCCAAACCAUCCUCCAAUGACCCUUUAGCAGCUAUCUCUACAGCAGCAGCAGGUGAUUCUGCCACAAACGAGACCCCUUCUAUUGAAGCAUCCUCUGCGCCCAGGCGGCAGAUAUUCACCAAGUUCCCAGAUCCCAUCUGCAAGCGCGUUGGCGGAUGCCAGGAGCCCAUUGACCCCAUAGAUCCCAUUGACCCUGUUAACCGGCCAUGCAUCCCGCCACGUCAGCCGUGCCCUCUGGUUCUCGAGGCCAGCUCAGCAGAUACUGAGAAGGGCCGGUUCGGGUGCUAUGGGCCCCAGAUUCACUGCAACGGCAGCUGCUGCCUGCAAUGGACUUCACAGGGAAUUUCCCCUCGCUGCUGUGGCGGCAAGUGCUGCUUGGGAGGAGAAUCUCAGGGUCUCACCUGCUGCCUGCCUUCGCCCACCAGCGACCCAACCACUGCCGGCACCUGCUGCAGCAUGCGCACCAGCUUCUGCUGCGGCGGCUCCUGCUGCAAAUACGGGUCCACCUGUUGCAACGGCAAGUGCUGCGAGCCCGGAAGCACCUGCUGCAACGGCAAGUGCUGCGCAGGCGGCGUGAAAUGCUGCGGCGGGCAGUGCGGCUGCCCGGAAAAAUCAUCCUGCUGCGGCGGGAGCGUAUGCUGCAACGACAACUUAAAGCCCCAGUGCUGCAGUAUUCCUGGCAUGAGGGGCGGGGAAUGCUGCCCUGGGAUUGACAGCAGUGGGGAGGAAACCGGAAGCUUCUGCUGCGGGCAGCAAUGCUGCCAGGGGUUCCCCACAGUUCGCCCUCGCUGCUGCUACUCGCCUAAGACUGGCCCCCGCUGCUGCAAGCGCCCCAUCGAAAUCCCCAUUGAUAUUCCCAUUGGUUUGUCGAUCACACCUUAGGAGGACUUGGAGGGACGUUAGGGAGGCUGGGGAUGCUGAGAAGGAAAACGUGUACCUGAGCAGAAAAGGGUUUUGAAGCUGGCCCUACAAUGCGUUUCAAGACUGGCUGGGAAUCGGCAAGGACGCAGAGGAGGAGUGACGGCGAGUCUGCUGCAUUCAGGCGACGGAUCUUAUGGAUCUGGACCCUGAGAGACUUCGACGAGUGAUUUCAACGAAUAAAGGGAGGGAGACACAGGGGAAGGGACAUGAUGUCAUGCCGUGAGUUUCAUGUCGUGCCAUGAGUUUCAUGUCGUGCCAUGAGUUUCAUGUCGUGCCGUGAGUUCAUGUCGUGCCAUGAGUUUCAUGUCGUGCCAUGAGUUUCAUGUCGUGCCGUGAGUUUCAUGUCGUGCCAUGAGUUUCAUGUCGUGCCGUGAGUUUCAUGUCGUGAAUAGCUAUUGGCCUUCUGCGUGUAUGUCUCACUACGCCUUCAUGCGAACAAUCUGUACAGUCAACCUCAUGAAUGCCACGCCUUUUAAGACAACCACAAGCAUCCCAGCGGCACGCUGCACUAGAUGUCCGCGAUUAUUAUCCGAGCCGCGCGCGCUUUAUCUCCGCAGUCACUUCCAGCUUCCUCUUAGCCGCCUCAGGCGGGGCCUUGCACCGCUACAGUCAAGACCCCGUUAUACGCACCAGCUGUCACCUUAUCCGGCAACACAUUCUCUGACACCCGGAACCAACGGAGAAACUUCCCCGUGCUCUGUUCCAUCCCGUGGUGCUUAUCAUCUGGCGUGCCACGCUUUACCUCCGGGUCUAUUGCCCACUAGUAAUC